AUUUGAUUUCCGACUUUAACGACCACUUGAUUUUCUCUAUACAUUGCUUUUACGGCGUUUAUGUAUUUGCUAUUUAUGCCUGCUUCUUUCAUUGCGAUCCAUAAUUUCUGCAAAGGGACGGAGUCGAAUGCCUUGCGGAGAUCCAUAAAAGUAGCGUGUAGCUCCAUUCCUCUUGCUAAUCUCUUUUCUGUCAGUUGUUUUAUUGUAAAUAUGUUGUCGACACAGGAUCGCCCAGGUCGAAAUCCACUUUGUUCUUCAAUUUCCGUGGCUUCGUCUUCUAUUCGGGCUGUUAGGACUCUUUCGUACAGCUUUCCGAUGGACGAUGUAAUACUAAUACCCCGAUAAUUACUACAGUCACUCCUGUUUCCCUUUUCAUAAAUGGAAUUUAUGUAAGAGCUCCUCCAAUCUCUGGGAAUCGUUUCCCCUUCCAGGCACUUGUUAAAAAUUACACAAAGUAGCUCGUGCGUUCUGGUGGUGGCGUGUUUAAUUAACUCGAUAUGUAAAUCCCCCGGUCCCGGAGCUUUAUUAUUUUUCAUUUUUUGUAAUGCUGUUUUUAUUUCUUCUAAUUGAAUGGUAUACCAAUAACAUGUAACAUCUUUACUAGCAAGAUUGUAGAUAGUGAAGUUGUGGCAACAGCUGAAAUAGGUUUUGCCUGGAGAGAUACAAGGUAAGUCCAUUCUCAUCACAAUACAUGAGCGGUUUUCUGUAAGAUCGUGAUCUUUUGCUUUAUUUUCAUUUGCUUCAUUUUCGUUUGCUUUACCUUUGUUUGCAAUGUGAACUCUAUAUUUUUCAUCAUCAAUGUUAUUGUACUUAUAUGAAAAACAAUCAUUACAUUGGUCCUUCUUAGGCUGAAACAAUGAAAGAUUUUUUUCAUUAAAUGUUUUCUGAAUAUUUUUCGGUUAAGUGGAUUCAAAUUUUCUAUUUGCCCAUUUCCCUUACACAAGUCUUGAUAUACUUUAUAAAGGUCGCUUAUUGUAUGGAAUGUUUCCUCUAAGUAUAAUUUGGUAGUUUCUUUUCUACAAUAGUGGGCUGUCAAUGUUGGUAGUUUAUCGAAAAACAUCCUUAAAUGUUCAUAUUGCUUGGAGUGCUUUAUUAUAGCUCAAUCUAUCUUUUUGCACUAUAUCUGUGAUCAUGCCAUAAGAACUCUUCGAAAGCCACUAUUGAAUCGUCUUAUAUCCUAUAUCUAAUGUAUUGACAAACAUGUUCCUACAUACUUGAAGCUGUUCUUCCCCAUUGUUUGAAAAAUAUGUAUAGCUGUUCUUCCCCAUUGUUUGAAAAAUAUGUAUAGGUACUUUGUCUUCUUGAUAUAUUUGAUGAUAUAAAUAUGUUGUCGACACAGGAUCGCCCAGGUCGAAAUCCACUUUGUUCUUCAAUUUCCGUGGCUUCGUCUUCUAUUCGGGCUGUUAGGACUCUUUCGUACAGCUUUCCGAUGGACGAUGUAAUACUAAUACCCCGAUAAUUACUACAGUCAUUCCUGUUUCCCUUUUCAUAAAUGGAAUUUAUGUAAGAGCUCCUCCAAUCUCUGGGAAUCGUUUCCCCUUCCAGGAACUUGUUAAAAAUGACACAAAGUAGCUCGUGCGUUCUUGUGGUGGCGUGUUUAAUUUACUCGAUAGGCAAAUCCCCCGGUCCCGGAGCUUUAUUAUUUUUCAAUUUUUGUAAUGCUGUUUUUAUUUCUUCUAAUUGAAUGGUAUACCAAUAACAUGUAACAUCUUUACUAGCAAGAUUGUAGAUAGUGAAGUUGUGGCAACAGCUGAAAUAG